UGCCGAGAAGCACUCGGCUCACUUAUUCGCACCACGCCGAGUUGUUCGGAUGGUUCCCCAAGCCGGAGCCGUCCUCGUUCCGCCAGUCAUUCCUUUAUUCGGCCGCCGUCUUUUGUUGCGAAGAUGCGGGUGAUACGGGCUGCGACUGCUCUCAGCAGCGGCUGCGCUGCCGGCUCCAGACAAGCAGCAGUCCGCUAUGCUGGCCUCGCAUGCCGCGCCGCGGUCAGCGCGCCGUCGCCGCAGUGCUACUACAACUUCCGGCUCAGCGGUCUCCGCCACUUCAGCAGGAGCCCCGUCUCCCGCGCCAUGAGCGCCGCCGAGGCUGCGUUGAAGCAGGCCAAGGAGCUCGCCGCCGCGAACAUGACCCCCGAAGCCGCCGCCGCACGCAUGACGCCCGAAGAGGCCAAGAGGUUGUCGAGGGUCCGGAAUAUUGGCAUUGCAGCACAUAUCGACAGCGGCAAGACCACCGUCACCGAGCGCAUUCUCUUCUACACCGGCCGCGUCAAGGCUAUCCAUGAGGUCAGGGGCCGCGAUGGCGUCGGCGCCAAGAUGGACUCCAUGGAGCUUGAGAGGGAACGAGGCAUCACCAUCCAGUCUGCGGCCACCUUCGCCGAUUGGAAAAAGGUGGAGAACGGCAAGGAGGAGACGUACCACAUCAACCUGAUCGACACCCCCGGCCACAUCGACUUUACUAUCGAGGUCGAGCGCGCCAUGAGAGUGCUGGACGGCGCCGUCAUGGUUCUCUGUGCUGUGAGCGGCGUGCAGAGUCAGACCAUCACCGUCGACCGGCAGAUGAAGCGCUACAACGUCCCGCGCAUCAGCUUCGUCAACAAGAUGGACCGCAUGGGUGCGAACCCCUUCAAGGCGGUCGAGAUGAUCAACUCCAAGCUCAAGUUGCCCGCCGCGGCCGUCCAGAUCCCCAUCGGCACCGAGAAGGAAUUCGAGGGCGUGGUCGACCUGAUCCACAUGAGGGCCAUCCGCAACGACGGCCACCGCGGUAUCAACGUGAAGGUCUCGAACCAGGUGCCCGAAGAGCUCAGGGAGCUGGCCGAGCAGAAGAGGCAGGAGCUGAUCGAGAAGCUGGCCGACGUCGAUGACGAGAUCGCCGAGAUGUUCCUCGAGGAGAAGACGCCGACGCCGGAGCAGAUCAAGGCCGCCAUCCGCCGGGCGACCAUCGCGCUCAAGUUCACCCCCGUGCUCAUGGGCUCUGCCCUUGCCGACAAGUCGAUCCAGCCCAUGCUGGACGCCGUGUGCGACUACCUCCCGAACCCGAACGACGUCGACAACACGGCGCUCGACCGCUCCAAGGGCGAGCAGCCGGUCAAGCUUCUGCCCUACAACUCCCUGCCGUUCGUCGGCCUCGCCUUCAAGCUCGAGGAGAACCCCUACGGCCAGCUCACCUACAUGCGCGUGUACCAGGGCUCCCUCAAGAAGGGCCAGUACCUUUACAACUCGCGCACCGAUAAGAAGGUCCGCAUCCCCCGCAUCGUGCGCAUGCACUCGAACGAGAUGGAGGAUGUGUCCGAGAUCGGCGCCGGCGAGAUCUGCGCCGUAUUCGGCGUCGAGUGCGCCUCCGGCGACACCUUCACCGACGGCCGGCUGCCCUACGGCAUGAGCUCCAUGUUUGUGCCGGACGCGGUCAUGUCGCUCAGCAUCAAGCCCAAGCGCAGCAGCGACGCGGACGCCUUCAGCAAGGCCAUGAACCGCUUCAUGCGUGAGGACCCCACCUUCCGGCUGCACGUCGACGAGGAGUCGGAGGAGACCAUCAUCAGCGGCAUGGGCGAGCUGCACCUCGAGGUCUACGUCGAGCGGCUGCGCCGCGAGUACAAGGUCGACUGCGAGACGGGCAAGCCGCGGGUCGCGUACCGCGAGACCAUCACCAAGCGCGCCGACUUCGACUACCUCCUCAAGCGCCAGACGGGCGGCCCCGGCGACUACGCCCGCGUGGUCGGCUUCAUCGAGCCCAACGAGAAGAGCGCCGACUCGAACUACUUCGAGUCGCGCGUCGUCGGCGGCAACAUCCCCGACAAGUACAUCGCCGCCUGCGGCAAGGGCUUCGAGGAGGCCUGCGUCAAGGGCCCACUGCUCGGCCACCGGGUCAUCGGCGCGUCGCUGGUGGUCACGGACGGCGCCACGCACGUCACCGACUCGAGCGACUACGCCUUCAACCUGGCCACGCAGAUGGCCUUCCGCAAGGCCUUCUCCGACGCCGGCGGCAUCGUGCUCGAGCCGCUCAUGAAGACCACCAUCACGGCCCCGGUCGAGUUCCAGGGCAACAUCCUCAUGCUGAUGAACAAGCGCGGCACCAUCGUCGACACCGAGGUCGGCACCGACGACUUCUCCAUGGUCGCCGAGUGCAGCCUCAACGCCAUGUUCGGCUUCAGCACCCACCUGCGCGCCGCCACCCAGGGCAAGGGCGAGUUCAGCAUGGAGUUCAGCCACUACGCCCCCGCGCCGCCGCACCUGCAGAAAGAGCUUAUCGCCGCGUACCAGAAGGAGUUAGAGGCCAAGAGAACCAAGUAAAGACGGGACUCUUGG